CCGGUUACAGACACAUUGUAUCUGCACGCAGUGGGAAAGUAAGCAGAGAGCCGAGAUUGAAUAGCAUAAGCGGUGCUGUCUGGACAACUAUUAUGCUAAGACCCCUAACUCAUCAGAAAACAAAAGCUGGAGCGACACAGGUCUUGGCUUUCGACUGAACCUCUCUUGAUCCUUGCAGUGCAGUUUGGAUUUCAGAGAACCGUUAUGUUUUCUCAGAUACCGGCACAGCGAUUAAUUGGGCAGCAGGCUGUCUUUACGAACUCGUUAAAAUAAAUCUGAUCUGCUUAAUUUAAACCGUCUCAAAUCGCUAUAAUAAAUUGAAGAAAACUUCAAAGCAAGUUGGGUCAUUUUGAAAGGUUUCGGACUACAAAAAAAUUGUCUGUCUGCAACAAGUUCCAAAUAGCUAACCCAGAAAGAAAAAAAAGACUUAAUUUCCCCCAUUAGAAUCAAUCAUAUGGUCCUGGAUUGACCCCGCGUAUUUUGAGCAGCACUUUCGUUUGUUGGACUGUGGACACACAGAUAGAGCUCGCAGUCUGUUCAGCACAGCUAGCUGGGAGACUUGGGAGUCCUUGAUUAGGCGAUCAGAGCUGUGAAGGAGCGGGGGAUUGGCAUUAAACUGUUUGGGUUUUUUUUUUUCGUUUUUAAUUGAAAAAGUCAGCAAACCCCGAGCUGAGGAAGAACUCGCUGCAUUAUGUCCUGUGUAAACAAAAUCGACCUGAUGGUUGGAGUUUUUUUACUUUUUCAGACCUUUGGAAAUCUGUUUCAUGUAACUCACUGUGAAACUACAAAGGGAGGAAACGGAGUAUUAUUCACACAUCUCCUGCCUCAAACAGAUGAGAAUGUUAAGGUGAAUUUAAGACUUUACAAUCACAGAUGGAAAAGACAGGACUGGUCCUCUCCAAAGUCAGUGGAUAAUAACAGAGCCAGUCAAGACCAGGACACCUCAGACCCUUGGAGGCUCCCAGACUUUCCUACAGAAGAGGACAAUGACAAUAACACUCAAGUUGAGAAAGACACAGAUCACAACUAUUACAUAUCUAAAACAUUUGGACCAUCCGAUUCCACAAGCAAAGAGUUGUGGGUCAACAUUGAUCAAAUGGACAAAGACAAAGUGAAGAUACAUGGGAUUUUAUCAAAUACUCAUCGUCAAGCUGCGAGAGUGAAUCUGUCGUUUGACUUUCCGUUUUAUGGACAUUUCCUUCGUGAGAUCACUGUGGCAACUGGUGGUUUUAUCUACACAGGCGAUGUUAUACACAAAAUGUUGACAGCCACACAAUACAUUGCACCGCUGAUGGCGAACUUUGACCCCAGUGUGUCUAGAAAUUCAACUGUAAGAUACUUUGAUAAUGGUAAGGGGGCCGUUGCGUGGUGGGGCCACAGCCUGGGCAGUUUUACCUUCCAGGCUACCCUGCACAAUGAUGGGCGCAUAGUCUUUGCCUAUAAAGAUAUUCCUACUUUGGUGACACAGAUCAGCUCUGUCAAUCAUCCUGUCAAAGUGGGUCUUUCUGAUGCGUUUGUGGUCGUCCACAGGAUCCAGCAGAUUCCAAAUAUUCGCAGAAGAACAAUAUACGAGUACCACCGAGUUGAGCUGCUGAAGACGAAGAUUACAAGCUCGUCAGCAGUUGAGAUGAUUCCUCUUCCUACUUGUUUGCAGUUCAGAAGCUGUGGUCCCUGUAUCUCUUCCCAGAUUGGAUUUAACUGUAGCUGGUGUAACAAACUGCAAAGAUGUUCCAGUGGGUUUGACCGUCAUCGUCAGGACUGGGUAGAUAGCAACUGCAUUGACGAGGCUAAGGAAAGGAUUUGUGAAAAUGUCCCAGAAGUCACUCAGCUGUAUCCCUUUACCACCACUACUGUUCCCCAAACAUCACCCAGACUCUUAACGACCAGCACUGCGUCUUCAACCUCACAUCUUCCGACCAGUAUCCCAACGGAAGAUGACACAAAAAUUGCACUGCACUUGAAAGACCACGGAGCCUCCCCUGCUGAGAGCACUGCUGAAAAGAAAGGCUCGCUACACGCUGGCUUGAUAGCAGGCAUCCUGUUAAUUGUUCUCAUCAUGGCAGCAGCAAUCCUGGUGACAGUCUACAUGUACCAUCACCCCACAUCCGCCGCCAGCCUCUUCUUCAUCGAGAGGCGCCCAAGCAGAUGGCCUGCAAUGAAGUUCCGAAGGGGCUCUGGCCACCCUGCAUACGCUGAAGUGGAGCCAGUUGGACAGGAAAAGGAAGGCUUUAUUGUAUCAGAACAGUGAUGAGAUGUCAACAAGGACAGCUCACUUGUACUGGCAUACAGGUGUGGCGGCUUUUGCUCAAGUCUUUGAUAAACCAGAAGUGCUAUUGCAUACUGCUGUCCUCUGAAGAAAGACUAAUGGAUCAAGCCUUGAAUUAAAAAAAAAGACUCUUCUAUCCAAGAGAACCACUACACAGUAGUCUUCCUUAGAGACACGGAAACACGUAUCACAGGUUAGACCAAGGCCUACUGGACAAAACUAGAACCUGAGAGGAUCUAGUUCACAGAGAUCAGUCGUCACGUGAAUCAUGCAUUUCUUAUUGCCUUGGAGCUAAAUUACAACAGAAACCCACCGCUCACUGAAAGCUGAAAUCCACCUGUGUCAGAACCAUUUAGGCAGCCGUUUUGUGUAGGUGGAGAGUAUAUUUUUCAAAUGACAAAGUUAUUUCAAGUUUUUAGUUUCGAUAAGGAAUUUUGCACUCAUAUAUAUCUAAAAGGGUUCGGGAGAGGUUUUUUUUUCUUUUUGGAUUGUAAUCACAUUAGUUUAGAUAUCUGUUAUGUUUUUAAUAGUUGCUAAACAGCAGUGAGUCAGCAUUAGCAGAACUUUAACUGGAAAGGUACCAGUAGUGACUCUGUUUAAGCCUGGGACACACAUGAGCGGUGCGGAAAAGGCAGCAUUUUGCCACGCAUAUCCCUCACCAUUUAUUCUUAUGAAACUGAACUCACAUUGACGAAAAAAUACCAUAGCGGAAAAGUAUCGCAGCGGCAGAAUUUUAGAACAGCAAAAUAUUGCUAGGAGGUCGCUAUUCUGCAUCUGAGACAUUUUCCCGCAGUGGCAACUGUAGCUCUAACCAAUCAGAUGGGUGGUUUGGGAUUGCAUGAUACGUCAUAUCUGGAUAUAGCUAAGUAUCCAUCAAUGUGAUUUGUGUCAUUUAAUAUCUUAUACUACUUCAUCACACACAUAAGUAACAGGAAGACUUGUUAAUCUCAAAUUAUAUUCCAAACAUUUUGGCCUGGUUUUCUUUGGUGCCUGUAGAGGUAAUACAGUUCUGAGAAUGACAAGGUAGUGUUGAGAUGAUGAGAAACAAACUAUUCCACAGUACAUGCCCUUCCGUUUUUUUUUUUUCCUGGUCCUGAAAUAACAAUAUUUUCUUGAAUAAAUAAACUGCAUAUACUGGACUUAUACUGUUAAAUGGCAUGUAAUUUAUUAUGAAAUUCUUCCUCUUCCAUCUCAUCAUCUCAUCUUCUGCAGUUCAUAAUGGCCAGUUUGGCUGUAUUGAUAGGGGCGUGCUUUACUUUAGCAUCUCCCACGUCAUACGCUGUUGUGUGUCCACCAAUUGUGAUUCACUAUCCCUAAAUAAAAUACAGACCCCCCACAAAGUCACCUUUUAUUAUAAAUGGUCACUGGUGAGGGGUGAGUAUGUUUUGUAAUGGUCUUUGAGACAAGAGAGAACAGAUGGCUAUAGAAGAAAAUAAAACAGUCUGAUAAAUAUCAACCAGCAACAAUCAGAUUGUUAUUAUUAUUAUUUUUUUUUUUUUGUGAUUAAAUUAAUUCUAAAGCACAAUCAAUUUGCUUUUGCUGGGUCUUCGUGGUUCUUCUGUAAUCAAAUGUGGAUAUUUUGCACAACCCAAUAGUUCCCUUGUGUUUGAUGCACAUAUUAAUUGCAUAUAGAUCUUUUUUUAAUUUUGCUUUUCUUUUGAUAGCAGACUCAAGACAGGCUCUUGUGAAUUUUAGGCAGCCUUUUUGUUCAUCCAUAUGAGUUGAUUAAAUAAUUGAAGAAUGAAAUAAUUACUAAGGGGCUGUAACCCAAUAGUCAUUACACUUAGGAUGGGAGGUUGCUUGGGUGGAGCAGGCUUUUCGGGGCAGCAGUGAGGUCAUUUCUCAUUGUUUUUCUUUAGUUUUCUUUUGAGCUUCCCUAGCAAUGCGAGUCGCUGAAACCUUUAAAUCAGAUAUGUAUAUUUGAAUGCAAUCUUUUACAUGAUAUCUCUAAUGCUUUCAGGCAUUGGCACUUGAACAUGUAUGUUGUGAAACAUUUGCAGCUUCCCGUUUCAUAAUGCAUACCUUUUAUGUUUAUCUUUGGUGGGGAGUCUAGGAUUGCGCUGUCAGUUACUUUAUUUUUUAUUCACUUUUGAAUGAUUUGACUAUGAUUUUAAUAGCAUUUGAUUUUCAUUUCAUGCUAACUGUUUGCAAGGGUAAAUAUAUUGUUUUAUUAUAAUCAGUGUGAAGUAGAGCAUUUUAUCAGAACUGAUUUUUUUUAUGCAUUAGGAAACCAAAACAGAAAUCAAACAGUGCAAGUGGUUUUAGCACUCCACAGGAUUGUAAUUACAAAUGCAUUGUAAAUAUAAAUGCAAUAGGGAUGUCUGUAUGUUUCAGUUGCUUUGGCUUCUAUAUCGCCUUUCGGGGCCAGGGAUCUAGUCUUGCCUAAGUGGUAUUUGUCAGUGAAAAGCCUAGAUGACAUGAUUUACACCACAGACAAGGAAUUAGAUUUGAAAAGCAAAUCAAAUUUGAUGUGAUACACCUAGUGAACUACAUUAAAUUAUUCUCCCAAUAAUAUUUUUUUAAAAAAAUAUGCUGUAUGUAUAUGCAUAUAUAUAUAUAUGUAUAUGUACAGAUAUAGCCAAAGGCUUUGCAUCAUCUUAUAGAAUUAACCAAUUCAUAAAGUCAAAUGAAGCCUGCUGAAUAAUGUUACAUUAACAUACUGAAUUACAUACUGCUUUGUAGUUUUC